UCGGUUUCUCUGGGAAUGACAGCCCCAGCGGUCUGUCCCGCGCGCUGUUGCCAGUGCCGCCGGCUCCCGGCUAUGGACGCCCCCGGGGCCCCGGGCCCGGACCCGGGCAGGAAGGAGCUGAAGAUUGUGAUCGUGGGUGACGGCGGCUGCGGCAAGACAUCAUUGCUCAUGGUGUACAGCCAGGGCUCCUUCCCUGAGCACUACGCCCCAUCCGUGUUCGAGAAGUACACGGCCAGAGUGAAUGUGGGCAGCAAGGAGGUGACCCUGAACCUAUACGAUACCGCUGGGCAGGAAGAUUAUGACCGGCUGCGACCCCUGUCCUACCAGAACACCCACCUCGUGCUCAUCUGCUAUGACGUCAUGAACCCCACCAGCUAUGAAAACGUCCUCAUCAAGUGGUUCCCUGAGGUCACACAUUUCUGCCGUGGGACCCCCACGGUGCUCAUUGGCUGCAAGACAGACCUGAGGAAGGACAAGGAGCAGCUGCGGAAGCUCAGGGCGGCCCAGCUGGAGCCCAUCACCUACAUGCAGGGUCAGAGCGCCUGCGAACAGAUCCGAGCCGCCCUCUACCUAGAAUGUUCUGCCAAGUUUCGGGAGAAUGUGGAGGACGUUUUCCGAGAGGCCGCCAAGGUUGCCCUCAGUGCUCUGAAGAAAGCACAGCGGCAGAAACAACACCGGUUGUGCCUGCUGCUCUGACCCCUCUGGGUAGGGCACAAAGCCCUCAGGGCAAGACUGACAGGGGCCAGUCCACCAGCCCCGGAUUAUACCCCGAGAUCCUGCCCCAUCCCCAGCUUUCCAAGGGCACCUGGAGGUGGGUGUCUCCUUGUGUCUGGAGCCUCUGGUUAGACUCUUAGAACAUUCUGGAGAUCUCUUAUUUCCCAGCUGCGGCUCUGACCAUGAACUCACCUUUGGGUUCACACUGGAGCUGUGGCCCGCAUGGAGGUGGGUGAGGGUGCUGGACUCAGUCCCUCUGUACCUGGAACCGGCAUAUGUCCCCAGGACUCAGGAGUACGCGGCCUCCCCCCAGCCACGUGUAUCCCCCUUUGCACACCCAACAGGUCCUCAAAACCUAUGCUUAAAACAAAGAACUACAUCUGGUACGUGGAUAAGUGUGGAUUCGUCAGCGUUCCACACGGCCCCCCCCCCCAAGACCGCUGCUCCCAUGUCACCCGCCUCCCUGGGCUCUGGAGAUAGGCACGGCUGCACUCUCCAGCUCCUCACUUCCUUCCUCCAGGAGCUCGGGGACCACGAUGGGAUAGGGGCCUAUCGGGACAACACAGGCACCAGCCCCGGACACGGGGGCCAACAGUGGCC